AUGAUACAAAAUGCCUUAGAGCGGAGUGCACCUCAAAGGAUUGAAUCAGGAAUAAAUUUAUUAGCGAGCUCCCGAAUUCUAUCCCAAGCAAAAAUCCUUAUUUCAACCCUCUGCUAGCGAACAAAAUCAUUGGAAAAUCCCCAAUUUUUGGAUAAAAAUCACCCUCCAUGACUGAACAAAAAUGUUUUAUUAAUAAAUAUUUUUAUAUAUAAGUCAUAAUUAUUAUAAUUAAAUCUCUAGCUAAUUCUAUUUAAUUUUAAACAGCUUGCAUUUUAAAAAAUAAAAUUCGCAAAUUAAAUUAAUUUUAUUUCUCAAUUUUAAUAAAUUGGAAUUUUUAAAAUUUCGGAAAAAAAUUUUUACUAUAAAAUUUAAAUAUAAUUAACUCCAGGUUUGCUCACUGAGGGGGAGUUAACAGCUAUUUGAAACCCCGUUUAUCAUGUGCAUUAGCAGAAACAAGUCUAAAUAUAGCUAAUGUAGGAAUUCAGCUUUAUGACCCAUUUUCUAUCGUAGACACUAUGAUAAGGCCAUCAACCAGGCUAAAAACUGCUCGAGCUAUUUCUUUGAGAUCUAAAAGCAAUAAAUCUCUUUUGAAAAGAGAUCAAUCCAUGAAAGGAGCAAAUACAAAAUCUUAUAGAUUUAUACCUACAGAAAUCGAAGCUGACGAAAACGACACAAGAUAUUACGUCUUCUAUGAUGAAUUGAGCAAAUCCAGAAGUCGUAGGAAAUUAAGUCCGUUAAAUGCAAGAAGAAACAGAUCUCCAUAUUCAACAAAUUGAAAUGCUAGAGUCUUACAUGAUUCUUACAAUAUUAAACCAAGGAAAAAAUCUUCUUCUAGAUCGACUCCAAAAUUAGCAGGAAAUCCUGUUAAGCCUAUAAAGAUUUAG